AUGGGUAUCUCGACGUUCAUCCUCCUCUUCGUGAGUACGGUCACCGCUCAAUCAGGAGCUUGGGGGCAGUGCGGAGGAUCCGGUUGGACGGGGGCAACUACCUGUGUCAGCGGAUAUGUUUGUACGUAUUCGAACCAAUGGUACUCGCAAUGUCUCCCAGGAACUGGGAGCUCCAGCACUACUCUGGUGACCUCUACAAUGAGUGUCCGUUCAUCAACAUCUGCAACAAGCAUUCGCUCGUCAUCAUCUUCGGCUUCUGCAACGUCUGCAUCUGCAACUGCAACAUCAACAGGCCUCACUCAAUUUGCUGGAGUCAACAUCGCUGGAUUUGACUUCGGUUGCACUACUGAUGGCACUUGUAUCAUCACUGGGACAAGCGGACCAUAUCCUCCACUGCCAAGUUAUGGAGGACCUGAUGGCCCUGGGCAAAUGUCGCAUUUCGUCAAAGAUGAUCAUAUGAACAUCUUCCGCCUCCCUGUGGGAUGGCAGUUUCUCGUGAAUGGAGUACUAGGCGGGACUUUGAACUCCGCAAACCUAUCUGAAUACAACACUUUGGUUCAAGCUUGUUUGAGCACAGGAGCUUAUUGCAUCAUCGAUAUCCACAACUACGCUCGCUGGAAUGGUGGAAUCAUUGGGCAGGGUGGCCCUACAAAUGCCCAGUUCGUGAGUUUAUGGGCUCAACUUGCGACAUACUACGCAAGUGACUCCAAGAUACUAUUUGGCAUCGUGAAUGAACCUCAUGACUUGGCUGUUACCACAUGGGCACAGACUGUUCAAGCAGUUGUGACCGCCAUCCGUCAAGCUGGUGCAACGUCACAAAUGAUCCUACUUCCUGGCAGCGAUUACACGAGCGCAGGAUCAUUCAUCUCUGACGGAAGUGCCGCAGCACUUGCUGCGGUCAAGAACCCUGAUGGAACAACAACCAAUCUCAUAUUCGACGUUCACAAGUAUCUAGACAGCGAUAACAGCGGCGGUGGCGGAGAUUGUGUCACCAACAACAUCGCAACUGCGUUCCAACCACUCGCCACAUGGCUAAAUUCCGUCGGGAGACAGGCGCUCUUGAGCGAAACUGGUGGUAUCAGCUCGACUACAUGCGCAAAAUACAUGUGCGAGCAGAUCGCAUUCUUGAACCAAAAUUCAAACGUCUUCCUUGGAUACGUUGGCUGGGGAGCUGGCAGCUUUGCCACCGAGUACGCUCUGAGUCUCACACCGACAAAUAGUAACGGCGUCUGGACGGAUCAACCACUGGUGAAAGAGUGUUUUGCACGAUAGGACGCAGUGUAGCUUCGCCGGUCUUGAGAGAAUAUCUGGUGGAG